AUGAGCGCGUCGGAACGUCUCGUAGCGGCUGGCGAAGAGUUACCGGUGAUUUCCGAGCCGGCGGCGAUGUUUCACGAUUUGGCGUCCAAAGUUCCAAAGUUGGAAAAUUUUUUAAAGAAGAUGAGUCAUCGACCGUUGCGUGUCGCGACAAUGUGUUCAGGUACUGAAUCACCGCUGCUUGCGCUCGAUAAAAUCGCAGACGCUACGGAAAAGCUCUUUGGAUCGAGAUUGAACGUUGAGCACGUGUUCUCGUGCGAAAUUGAGCCGUUCAAGCAGGCAUACAUCGAAAGGAAUUUUUCGCCACCGAUUCUGUUCAGAGAUAUUCGAGAAUUGAAAGAGAAGCAAGCGUACACUGCUUAUGGAGCCUUGGUUGACGUUCCUGGCAAUGUCGACAUUCUUGUCGCCGGUACGUCAUGCGUCGAUUACUCGAAUUUGAACAACGAGCAAAAGCGGUUGAACGAACAAGGUGAAUCCGGUCAGACUUUUCGUGGAAUGAAAGCGUGGAUCAUGCGUUGUAAGCCACCUGUGGUGAUUCUCGAGAAUGUGUGUGGAGCGCCGUGGCAACAAAUCGUGGACGAUUUUGCAUCGUUCGGCUAUACGGCUGAUUUCCUUCGCCUCGAUACGAAGCGAUAUUACAUCCCGCACACGCGCACGCGCGUUUAUCUGCUCGCUGUUCUUGGUGACGACGAUGAAGGCGUGCUCGCUCAGUGGAAAGAAGUCGUCAAACAACUUGAACGACCAUCGAGCUCAACUUUGGAAGCGUUCCUCUUUGAUACGGACGAUCCCAGGGUGAAUAAAGGUCGACAAGACUUGGCGCUCCCGGGUGAAAAGAACACGCGCGCCGAGACUGAUUGGGGUCGAUGCCAAAGUCGACACAUUCGCGCCCGAGUGGAAGAAAAACUUGGUCAGCAACGUCCAUUUACUCAUUGGGACGGUGGUUGUCAGCUGCCAGAUUAUGCGUGGAACGAUUGGGGUAAGGCGCAAACGGAUCGAGUCUUGGAUUUGAUGGAUAUCGAUUACCUCCGUCUCGCGAGAGACGGCGUUGACGCCAUGCACAAAACUCUGGUGUGGAACUUGAGUCAGAACGUAGAUCGAACAACUGGUUCUGUCGCACCGGGUAUUUGUCCGUGUUUGACGCCGUCCAUGGUGCCUUUUGUUACGAACAGAGGUGGGCCUCUGGUCGGUAUCGAGGCGUUGUCGUUACAAGGUAUUCCCGUAGAUGACUUGUUGUUAACGCGCGAAAAUGAAAACCAAAUGUCGGAUUUGGCUGGGAACGCAAUGACAACUACUGUCGUUGGCGUUUGCAUGCUUUCCGCACUCACGCUCAUGGUGGAUAAGCUCGCCAAUCACAAGGAGAACAAUGAGUUUGCGAAGAAGUUGUCCGCUUCGUCAAAGGAAGAAAAGUUGAAGAUUACAAACGUCAUCAGUAAGGCUGAACAAAUCAGCAAAAACACCAAGGUUAUUGGAGAAGAUGCGUUGAAAGAAGAACUGUUGAACCUUGAUGUCAAAUCUGAAAAGAGUGUGUUGGCGUUGAUGGAGUCAGCGCAUCGAUCUUCUCGAUUGUGCGUGUGCGAAGCGCAAAGCGGACUGGCGAGUGAAAUCGAACGAUGCGCAAACUGUGAUCACACGUGCUGCGUAAAGUGUAAGGGACGACCCACGCACACGUACGGAGCGUACAAGCCGACGCGCGUCGCACCGGAUGUGUUUAGUGCAGAGUUGAAGCAGGCGUUGCCGAUGACGGUGAAGUUUUCACAAAAAUUCAAUCUCGAUAGGUACAAGUCAAAUCUUUCCCUCACCUCUCCAUCUGCUCCUAAAUGGAAGGUUUGGAUGGAUGCUUUGAAAGCGGUUGAGAAUGCCGAGUUUCUUUUCCGCGGUUUGCAGCGCGGAAACGUGUGGCGAAUCCACUACGCUUGUCCGGGGGAGGAUUUGAUUAAACUCGAAGGUCGAAUCGACGGGAAGGUGUGCGAAUGGUUCAUCAUUUUUGAACCGUCGCCAAAGUCCGAGCAAAAGCCGGAUGAGAUAUUUUCUCGACCGCUCGCGAGAAUGAUUUUGAGCAAAGAAAAAGCGAAGAAUCUUUUGGACGGGAAUUGGGAGUUAUUCACUCCAGCGCCGGACGCGUUUACAGCCCAGAUUAUCGGAAAAGGCGCUUUGGUCGAUUCCUGGCAAGUUACGCUCGGAAUGGAGCAUGGAAAAACAGUUCUCAACACCGAAAACGAUUGGCCGCUCAAGCGAUUCAGCAGGUACCAGGUUAUCGUCAAGGAUGAGGACAAGAAACAGCUCGACCGGGACAUCAGUGGCGAUUACGCCUUGUACGAUACUUGCGACGCAGCGCAAGCUUCGUUACAUCGAAAGGUAAAUGGAGAGGAAAAAGGAAAGCGCUCUCUCUAUUUCUUUCUCGAUCAAACUCGUAAUAAAGGUGCGGCUCACGAUACGUUUGUCUUCGCAGAUAACCAUCGUCGUUUAAUGUUCGAUGAGUUCCGCGUAGAGACAUGCCACAUUGACACCCAGGAUGGCUUGGCCAAGGGGUGGCGUCCGAGCGAAGAAAAAAUGGGCACUAUUGUCAUCAAAAUCCGUGGGAAAUGGGAAUCUCUGGACAAAUCUGUGAAAAUGGUUGCAAUUGAUACUUCGAAAUCGUGCCUGAGCGUUCCUUCGCCGAAGACUUCGUUGUCUCAGGGCAACGAAUCGUGCAACGCCGCGUUGGCUGUCGUCAAAUGCUCGGUGCCGCUCGCUCAAGUGGACAAGGACGCUUGGCCUACGGGAGAGUUUGAGACUAUCCGCUUAGAUAAAAGUGCCGAGACGUUCAAGAGAUUGCAUUGGUUUACGUCGCGACUCGAAAUACCAAAGUCGCUGCAGAGAUGGAACGGUUUGGACUUGAAAGUACCAAACAAGCACUCGUCAGACAGAUGCGAUGAGUACAUUUGUUCGAGGUGCGCUCCCGUUCCGCCAACUUUACGAUGGAGUAGAUUUUAUGGUUCGAACAAAAUUGAAGCUCGAGAGGAUCCGCAACAAGCGGCGGAGUACGAGCAAGCGCUCAAGUGUCGACCGGCGCCGUUCAUUGUACGUUGGAAACGCGAAGCCAAUAUGGGUAAGUUUCUCAUUGCGAUCAAUCCGUCCACGUUAGUGCAUCGUGCUUUGGCUCACUUGUCGCCAACAAUGCACACCGCAGGUGCGACCGGCGAGCUGCUUAAUACGUCGUGGAAGAUUGUUUCUCACGACGAAAAAUCUGUCGAGCAGUUGCCAAAGUCUUUUGAAUUGAAAUCGAACAGAUUCAACGCUCCCGCAUCGCAACCUCCGAAGUGGAGUAAAAAAUAUCCACUCCGUCCCGAACAACUGCGCUCUCUCGGCUGGAUGAUUGAGCAAGAGACCACAAAGGAACCAUUCAUUGAAUCCGAAGUCGCCGAGAGCUUGAUUCCAAGACUUGGGUUGCGCAUGGACGGUAAGGUUGAGGUGAAGAAAACAGUUCGAGGCGGUAUCGUCGCCGAUCAAGUCGGUUACGGGAAAACCGCGAUUUCCAUCGGUGCUAUACUCGCAAAUCAAAUACCGUUUCCCUCCGAGAAGGAAAGUGCAGUUUUGAAACCCGUACGAGCGAUUCCAACUCGUGCAACGCUCGUUGUUGUGCCCUCACAGCUCAUGCGGCAGUGGCCGCGAGAAGUUGAAAAAUUUUCGGAAAAGGGUGCCUUGAAGACUGUCGUCGUAAAAACUGUUGCGGAUAUGACUGCGUUGACGGCGAAAUGCGUCAUGAACGCGGACGUGGUUAUCGUUGCCACCUCUGUGUUCCGAUCGAAGCUUUACUUUGAUCGUCUCGCAAAACUUGCGGGGACUAAGACGAUGCCGGAUCCGAAGAGCGGCGCUCAAGGUCGUCACUUCACUUCUGACUAUAACCUUGCUUUGAAAGGUUUGGGCGAUCAAGUCGAGGCACUUACUGAUCCAAAGCGCGGUGCGAAGUACGUUGCCGAGCACACGAAGAAGAAUGUGAACGUUCUCGGUGAACUCACUUUGCAACCGAAGCGCUUGAAAGGCGCCAAGUUGGUUGCUGCCACGGUUGCUGCCGGUGGCGAGGGGUUCACGCACAUCGAGGAGAUGUUUGCCGCAAAAGAAAACGUAUCUUCAAAUCCGGUGCAGAAGCCUGUGGUGGAGAAGCCGAUGAGUCCUUCGAGGAAGACGCCGAUCAAGAAGAGCAAAGUUGCUACGCCGUCCAAGAAAAGUGCCGUUUCAGCGAGAUCCACGCCCUUGAAAAAGCAAACAACUCCGAAGAAAGCCUCGAGUGCGAUUCGAUCGUUGCCGAGUUCUCGAGCUGGAACUCCACGUAAAGUGGUGGCUGCUACUCCUUCGAAACGAACUUCUGCGCGCAACACGCCUCGCAAAAAUUAUUACGAAGAGGACGAUUUAUCAGAAGACAUGUUGCGUGAUUCUGACGACGAUUUUGCGUCCGAGGACAUCAGUGAUGACGAAGAUGAGGAUGCCUUUGACGUUGACGACGACGAUGACGACUUCGAUGACGAGAGACCGAAGCCUAAGAAGAAGAAAAAGAGUGGUGCGGCGAAGCGUAAACUGGCUCCCGGGGAAGAAAAGGAUCACUGGGGACUCGAAACCGAAGCUGUUCAAGAAAAUUGGCGUCGAAUGACAUCUGUCCCAUUUGAAAUGUUUCACUGGAGACGGGCAAUCAUCGAUGAGUUCACAUACUUGAAGAAUUCGGACAGAGCAGUCGUACUUGGUCUCAAGACGCAGUCGCGCUGGUGUUUGUCUGGUACUCCUCCCGUUGGCGAUUUCGCAGACGUGAAAAGUACGGCGGCUUUACUUGGCGUUAAUCUCGGAAGCGAUGAAGUACCAAGGUACACAAAGUCCGAAAUUACCAAAGCGGAAUCAUUUCAGUUCUUCAAGGAAAAGCCUUCGCAGCAAUGGCAUCGCAGACGCUGGUCGGUGGCUCAAACCUUCAUGGAUCGUUUCAUGCGUCAAAAUAUCGCAGAGAUUGACGAGAUCAAGUACAAAGACACGAGACUCGACGUACAGUUACGCCCAGCGGAACGGGCGAUUGCGCUCGAGCUCGAUCACUAUUUGCAGUCCAUGGAUAUGAAAGCAAAGAAGAAAAAGCGAGGCGCUGGAGCUGAUCGCGACUCGCGACUGGCUACUGUGCUAGGCUCCUCCGCAACGGCCGAAGAAGCCUUAUUAAAGCGCGUCGCGUAUUACGAACUCGAUGAAGCGGAUGGAACUGCCGUUCGAACAUGCCAAGAUAUUGUGAACUUGCGCAUAAAACAGCGAGAUGCGUGUUUGGAGGAGAUUGGCAAGGAGAUUUGCACCGGGCGUAUUCUACAAGACGAAUGUAAAACUUUGAGUAAAAAGAUGGAGCAGGCUUACGAAGAAGGUGAAGACGAGUUCCACGCGUGGGAGCAAAACGUCUUUGAUAAGACUGGUGGAGUAGAUUACGUUGGUGAUCCCGAGGCGCACAACAUCUUGUCGAAGGUGUUGAGAGAUAACGAUCUCAAGGCGGCGAAAAAAGUGGAGACGAAGACGAACCCUCCGCAGUACAGUAAGAUUGAACUCGUCAUCGAAGGCAAGCUCACUACUGCAACGAUUUUGGCAUACCAGGGUCAGCACAGACAAAACGCUAAACUGGAGUAUAAGAGCGCGUCUUCAGGUAAGAUGCAGAGCACAGAAAAGAACUUGAAAAGAGUUGAUUACAAAGUUAUCAAGUUGGCACCUGAAAAGUCCAAGUCUGACUCGAGCGACAACGCUUCGAAAGUGAACACACCGAAGAAGGUCAAGAAAGAAUCCAAGAACGACAAAGCCUGGGAACUGCGCGAGCACACGCAUCAGUUGAUUGCUUUACAGAAGGAACUCGUCGGUCGUGUCCGAUCUUUGCGCUUCUUUCAAUCAGUGCGCGACUUACAGGCGAAGGUUGCAACAGCCACCGUCAAAUGCCAAGUCUGCUUGAAGGAAGUUAAGAAAUCCAACACCAGCGUCUUAUCGACGUGCGGUCACUUCGGAUGCCUCGUGUGUCUCAGAGAGAAUGCUUCCAAGCAAGCGUGCGGUGUUGCUGGUUGCAAUUGCGCGCAGCGUGAUUCAUCGGUCGUUUCGGCAGAUUCUCUCGGUACUGAACUUUCCAUGCAAGGAAAGAAAGGGAAGGGCAGCGUAUCUGUGAUUGGUAAGCACGGCUCCAAACUCAUCGAUCUUGUCAAUCACAUCAACAACAUUCCAAAAGAAGAGCGCAUAUUGGUAUUCGUCCAAUUUACGGACUUGAUGGCGCAAGUCGCGAAUGUUUUAAAUGAGGCUGGAAUCAAAACGCUGAAAUUGAAAGGCUCGGUGCACCAACAAACUGGCGCGCUCGAUGAAUUUCAACAGGAAGACAUGAAGAAAGGAAGUGCGCGCGUUCUUCUUCUGUUGGGACGCGAUGAAUCUGCAUCGGGUGCGAACUUGACCACAGCGAAUCACGCAAUCUUUGUGCAUCCGCUCCUGACUGCGACGAAUUACGAAUACGUCGCCAGUGAGACGCAAGCGAUUGGACGCAUUAGACGUUAUGGUCAGUCGCGCGAGGUGAACACCUGGAGAUUUAUUGUAAAAGAUUCAAUAGACUCCGAAAUUUACGAGGAGCGUACAAGGGAAGCUACUCAAGUAUAA